AUGACGGAUUCUGGUAGUGAUGAAGAAGUUCAAAACAAAAUAAGCCUGAAAGUGAAGACUACAACGGAAGGUUAUGAUAUUAUAGUGCCGGAAAAAGCUACCGUUUUAAAGGUUAAAGCAGUACUAUCGGCAAAAAUUAAUCAACCACCCGAAAAACUUUGUCUUAUCUUUUCCGGGAAGAUUUUGAAAGAUCACGAAACACUCACCAAACUUUCUAUUAAAGAUGGUAUGGCCAUUCAUCUUGUCAUACGUAAUUCACAGCGGUCCGCAGCAGCUGGUACUCCUUCCGGAACUGGAACAGCACCAAACGCAGCAAUGGGGGGAAAUCCAAUGAGUGGUGCACUGGGUAUGGCACAACAUAUGAUGCAAAAUCCAGAAGCAAUACGCGAAAUGACGAAUAGUCCAGUAGUUCAAUCAUUAUUGAACAAUCCAGAUAUAAUACGAUCACUGAUUGCUGAUAAUCCACAGAUUCAACAGGUUAUUGAGUCAAAUCCCGAGCUUGGCCAUUUAUUGAACGAUCCGGAAGUUAUUCGGCAGACAAUCGAGAUGGUAAGAAAUCCGAGUAUGUUCCAAGAGUUAAUGCGUAGCCGUGACCAGGCAAUACGGAAUCUUCAGGGUAUUCCGGGUGGACAAGCAGCAUUACAACGUUUAUAUCAAGAUGUACAAGAACCGUUGUUGAACAGUGCAACAAGUACUUUCGCUAACAAUCCUUUUGCAACUUUAGUAGAUAAUUCUAAUAAUAUGGCAUCACGUAGCCAACGUGCUGGUGUUGAAAAUGCUGAAGCAUUGCCAAAUCCUUGGAGUAACUCUAUCAACACGUCUGGUUCCGCUCCUACCAGUACAGGGGCUGACAACGGCACCGCUUCUCAACCUUCAACAAAUUUAUUGGCUGAACUUGCAAAUACUCUUGGUUUACCUGAAAAUCCACCAAUGUUGUCUGACUCGAAUGCUUAUUCACGAUUGCUCAACAGCGAGACAUUUACUAAUGCCAUGAAUAUGAUUCGACAGAAUCCGUCAUUAUUAUCACAGAUGCUCGCGUCGGGCCCCGCAGUUUCAUCAUCUAUGGAGCAGUACAUACGGAAUGCUAUGCCACAUUUUCGGAAUACUAUGCAAAAUCCAGAAAUGUUGCGAGCAAUUUCUAAUCCAAGAGUGCUUGAAGCAUUCCAUCAAAUUCAUACUGGCAUGGAUACUUUACGUCGUGAAGCUCCACAACUUUUACCUCCUGGAUUUUUUCCAACUGCUCCAGCGGCAACUACAAUGACGCCUAGUACCACUACCAGCGAUUCAACCACAAUUGGCACAGCGCCGGGUACAGGAACGACGACAACAACGGCCCCCUCUGCUCCGACCACAGAGCAAGCAAUGAUGAUGCUUAAUUUAAUUAGACAAAUGACUGGUGCAACUCUUGGUGGAUCGACACAACCGCCAGAAGAGCGUUACCGUAGUCAAUUAGAGCAGCUAACAAGUAUGGGAUUCAGUAAUCAAGAAGCGAAUAUUCAAGCGCUACUUGCGACAUUUGGUGAUGUAAACGCCGCAAUCGAUCGACUUCUAAGCGGUACUGGACAGCAGUGA